AUGAAGACUAAAAGUCCGCCAAACGAGUCACUACUGGAAUGUAAUACCGAUUACUUCCAUAAGGAGUGGAGGGAUGACGACCCGCACGGAAGCUAUUGUACGUCAAAGUACUUAUACGGCGCGCCGCCCACCAAAGCUGGCGUCGACUUUAAUAACUCGGCCAUUAAUCGGUUGGAUUUGGGCAAUAAGACACAUACGAGUACUUAUGAGCCCACAAAUUAUGGCAGAUCUUCGGAUCCUUUCGAAAGAUUUGACGAAUAUUUCGAUAAGUCUUACAAUAAUCCAGAUUUUGACGAUAGUAUACGAGAGCACAGCAACAGUUACUACAAUACAACUGAACGCCAAUUCCUGGCGCCCACAAAGCGUGUCCAUUACAGCGGCGGCAACGACUCGGUCAGCAGCGGAUCCAUUAGCGGCCGAAGUGACACUCCGUAUGACCACUACGCGUCCCCUUUUGACACAUCCUUAUCCCCCGAUCCUAACGCCUAUUCCUCCCAUCCAUACAGAAAUGAUGCGCCUUUGAUACUACACGAGGCCGUGGGUCCGCCUUUCCGUCAUCUCGAUUUGACAGCUCUUAUGACACGCUUUUGUUACUGCAAUGCACAGAUGUCUCAAUGCAAUCAGUAUUUCACUUCAAACCCACACGGCCCCAACUCGUCCUACAGGACGCGAGAUAGCCUGUCAAGCCGACUAAACCCGCCUGCAUUCGGAGUGAAGCACGGCUAA